UUUUUAUCAAGGCAAGGCUUUGUUCAAUUACGUCCAACUUUGGUCUGCUCUACUGAGCAUUGAAAUAGCUUGAGAAGUUCCUGUCCCUUAUCUGAGUGGAAUGAAAAUAUAACCUAUCUAAUACCAAUAUGUCAAGGGCUACCAAGUCAGCCAAAGCAGCCAAAGAUACAGCAAAGAAGGUCAACCUUGGCAAUGUGAUCAGGACGUACAUCAGAGCAGGACAAGCUGCCCCAGGUCCUCCACUUGGUCCUGUGUUAGGACAGAGAGGAGUUGCUAUUGGCCAGUUCUGCAAAGACUUCAAUGAGAAGACAAAACACAUCAAAGACGGGAUACCCCUCCCAUCAAAAAUCCACAUCAAUCCUGAUAGAACGUAUUCCAUUACCUUUAAUACACCACCGGUUUCAUACUUUCUGAAGCAAGCAGCGGGGAUGAGGAAGGGAGCAUAUCAACCUGGUCAUCAAGAGUUUGGAGUGGUCUCGCUGAAGCACAUCUACGAGAUUGCCCAGAUUAAGAGUGGAGACAAGGCCAUGGAAGGCCUUCCUAUGGAUCACAUAUGCAAGAUGACCAUAGGCACGGCACAUUCCAUAGGCAUCAAGGUGGUCCCUCGCCUGGACGAAGAUGAGAUGUCAAGUUACAUGGAGGACGUUGCACAACGACGAAGUGCCGUAGAGGAAGAGAUGGAAGAAGCCAAGGCUUCUGCCAAGUGAGAAUUUUAAGAGUGAAGUAAUCGGAUCCAGAUUAUUCAAGAGGAAACUUAUAUGUGGAGCAAUGUAUGGAAUAGCGAGCCUGCAAUUCUUUGAGGUGAUAUCAUCUAUAAUAUUGUGACUUGAAACGGGUGCAGAUUAUCAAAGAGGAAACCUUUGCGCUUUGGA